UGGAACGCUCUUUGUAAAUGCGUAGAACCGAGUAACGUCAUUCAAACGGAAACUUUUAAUGCCUAACAAAUCUCUCUCAAGACUCUAGAGUCUUCGUCUCCGACGAAAAACCCUAACAAUGGCCGAAGAAGUGCAGGCCGUCGCCGAUCCGUUAGCCUCUCUACCAAUUCCCCCUCUCAGCUCCUCCAUAUUCUCCGAUGACCUCACAUUACCCGACGAUUUUCUACCCUACGACGAUGGAGACUUCGACAUCACCUUUGACGAUUUACACCUCCCUUCAGACACCGAAGACUUUUUCAACUCCGCCUUCAAUCCUACUAAUCCGAUUGAUCUAUCAUCUUCUGAUCCUGAAUUCAAUGACUUCGUGUCUGACCCCGAAACCGUCGUUGCGGAGUCCGGUAAUUUGUCGGAACAUCAAGGAUCGGAUGUUUCUGGAUUUCUUAACAUUCCGUCACCGGAUAAUUCCGGUAAAGAUUUUCUUGGGGAAACUGUCAUGGUUUUGGAUAGUCUGUCUCCGGAAUCGAGAACUGAGAAUCCGGUUUCGUCUCAGGGUUCCGGAAAUUGCGGCUCCGCCGGAUCGGAUGCCGCUAUGAAUUGUCCGUCACCUGAUUCUGGCAAUUCCGUUGUUGAUCAGAAGGUGAAACGGGAAUCAGGUAGUAAUUUCAUGUUAAAGAGAAAGAAAGAGACGCCUGAGGGGAACUCGGAAUCCAGGACAAUCAAGUACCAAAGGUCAAAUGGAACUUCGACAACGACUGAGAAUUCGAAUGAAAUUGACGGAAAAGACGAGAAGAAGAAGGCGAGGCUGAUAAGGAACCGGGAGAGCGCACAACUUUCACGACAGAGGAAGAAACAUUAUGUCGAGGAGUUAGAGGAUAAGGUCAGGGCAAUGCAUUCAACUAUCCAAGAUUUGAAUGCUAGAAUAACUUACUUUGCAGCAGAGAACGCAACUUUAAGGCAACAAAUGGUUGCAGGCGGUGGCGGUGUUGUAUGCCCGCCUCCUGUAAUGUACCCACCACACCCUGCAAUGCCGCCUAUGGGAUAUCCUUGGAUGCCAUGUCCACCUUAUGUAGUCAAAUCACAGGGUUCUCAGGUACCAUUAGUUCCAAUUCCCAGAUUGAAACCCCAACAACCUACAUCAUCACAGAAAUCCAAGAAGGUUGAAGUGAAGAAAACUGAAGCUACAACCAAAACAAAAACCAAAACCAAAAAGGUUGCUAGCAUUAGCUUCCUCGGGUUAUUGCUAUUUAUCGUCCUCUUCGGUGGGUUAGUUCCAAUUAUGAAUGUGAAAUUCAGUGGAGUAACAGAUGGUGGCUUUUCUGGUGUAUCUAAAGAUUAUAUGUUCUACGAACAGCAGCAGCAACCAGGGAGGGUGUUGAUGGGUGAUGAUCAUGUUAAUGGGACUAACCAUAGAACAGGUAUAACUAAUGGAAGAGCACAUGAACAUAACGCCAGUGAGCCUCUCGUUGCAUCUCUUUAUGUCCCAAGAAACGAUAAGCUUGUGAAAAUCGAUGGGAAUUUGAUAAUCCAUUCUGUUCUAGCAAGCGAGAAAGCCAUGGCUUCAAUGGAAGAACAAGGAAUGACUAAAAAGGAGGAUACUGGUUUGGCAGUUGCUCUAGAUUUAGUCCCUGCUAUCUCCAUUCCAAAAGCGGGAAGAAACAGUGGAAGACAACCACAUAUUUACAGGUCUUCAAGCGAUCAUCAAAGGAUUCUCUCAUCAGACAAAGAGAAGUUGAAGUCAAAACAUGCUGAUGGAAAACUGCAACAAUGGUUUCGUGAAGGUCUUGCUGGGCCUAUGUUAAGUUCUGGUAUGUGCACUGAAGUAUUUCAGUUCGAUGUCUCGGUGGCUUCUGCUUCCGGAGCUUUAGUUUCGGCGACAUCCACCGCCAAUAUCACCGCCGAAGACCGCCAUAACUCCACCUACAUUACCAACGUGAAAAACCGGCGGAUCCUCCACAGCCUCCCGAUUCCCCUUUCGGCAACCACCACCACCACCAACAUCACAAAAGAACAAGUGGCGGGAAACAGCUCAAAGCAUGAAGAACAUCACAAGAACAAUUCGGUUUCAUCGAUGGUGGUUUCGGUGUUGUUUGACCCUCGGGAGGGCGGCGAUGGUGGUGGUGAUGUGGAGGGGAUGAUGGGUGGGGCCAAGUCGUUUUCGAGGAUAUUUGUUGUUGUUUUAUUAGACAGUGUUAAGUAUGUGACCUACUCUUGCAUGCUUCCACUUAAGGGAGCUAGUCAUUUAGUAACAGCAUAAGGGCUUUUUGUAGAUAGAGUAAGAGUAGAAACAAGACUUGUGGUUUGUGAACUGAACUUAUAUCAUGCCCAAGAAAGGCAUCUAAAUCUAAUUAACAAAAAUCUAAUAAUGUUUUAUUUGCU